CUAUUUUCCUCUCACACGUGCGAGGAAAAAUGGAAAAAGCUGUUGUUCACUUCUCCUUCCUCCUCGCUACUGCUUCUUCAUAAACUCCAUAGAAGAAGCUUCACUGGUCACAGCUACUCUUGAGAGAGGGAAAGAGAGAGAGAGAGAGAGUUUAGCCAAUUAAGCUUCUCCUCCUCCGCCAUGAUCGAAUACGCCUUAAAGUUCCCACCUUUCGCAAUCUCCUUGGGGCUAUUUCUCUUGUUCUCCUCUCUCACGUCAACAACAGAGGCAUAUGAUUCACUGGAUCCAAAUGGAAAUAUAACAAUCAAAUGGGAUGUCAUGCAGUGGACUCCAGAUGGCUAUGUUGCUGUUGUUACGAUAUACAACUUCCAGCAAUAUCGGCACAUCCAAGCGCCGGGGUGGACUCUCGGAUGGACGUGGGCCAAGAAAGAGGUCAUUUGGUCGAUGGUAGGAGGUCAAGCUACGGAACAAGGGGAUUGCUCGAAGUUUAAAGGGAACAUCCCCCACUGUUGCAAAAAAGACCCUACGGUUGUCGAUUUAUUGCCGGGAACACCGUAUAACAUGCAGAUAGCCAAUUGCUGCAAAGGCGGAGUGAUUAGUUCGUGGGUUCAAGACCCAGCCAAUUCCGCAAGCUCGUUCCAGCUCAGCGUGGGCCGAGCAGGGACCUCAAACAAGACGGUCCGCGUGCCCAAGAACUUCACUCUUAGUGCGCCGGGUCCGGGGUACACUUGUGGCGUCGCAAAGAUCGUGAAGCCUACCCAAUUUGUUUCGCAGGACGGAAGGAGAACAACCCAAGCCUUGAUGACAUGGAAUGUCACAUGUACAUAUUCCCAGUUUCUCGCUCAGAAGACUCCGACAUGUUGUGUAUCACUCUCAUCUUUCUACAAUGACACGAUCGUUAACUGCCCAACAUGCGCCUGCGGCUGCCAAAAUAAUAUGACCCACCCGGGAAGCUGUGUAGAGGGUGAUUCGCCUUAUUUAGCUUCUGCGAUCAACGGCCCGGGCAAGAAUAGCUUCACUCCCCUAGUGCAGUGUACAUCUCACAUGUGCCCAAUUAGAGUGCAUUGGCAUGUUAAACUCAACUACAAAGAGUAUUGGCGGGUGAAGAUCGCGAUAACAAAUUUUAACUACAGGAUGAAUUACACACAGUGGAACUUAGUUGUCCAACAUCCCAAUUUCGACAACCUCACUCAGAUUUUUAGCUUCAAUUACAAGUCAUUGAUCCCCUACGGAACUAUUAACGAUACCGCGAUGCUGUGGGGUGUUAAGUACUACAACGACCUACUCAUGGAGGCCGGACCGUACGGAAACGUACAAUCGGAACUUCUAUUCCGGAAGGACCAAUCGGCCUUCACCUUCCAGAAAGGAUGGGCUUUCCCGCGGCGUGUGUACUUCAAUGGUGAUAACUGUGUCAUGCCUCCUCCCGACGCGUAUCCAUGGCUACCGAAUACCAGCCCUCGGCUAAUCGGCCCGUCAUUUCUCCCAAUUAUCGCCUUUUGGGCAAUUUUUACAUUCUUGAUAUUUAUUUGUGUGUAGUAAAGGGUCGCGUAUGGAUUAGAGUUUCGAGCCAUCGACGAAGCAGAUUUGGUCUCGGAGCGCAGCAACUCGGGAUCAUAUGUAUAAUUCACUUCUCAGCUAUGAUACUCUGUAGCCAAAGUGCUGUACAAAGUAAAACAUAAGAGAAAUAGAUAUGCAAAUACCUGCUGUGUUUUGAUCUCCAGAGAUAUGAUAUGAGCCUUUUUAAGGUGACGUGACAAAUUAUACCUGUAAUGUUGAUAAAUUAUACAUGUAAUGUAAGUUUUUUCAUAUUUUUGGGGAAUGCUUGUUGUAUACUUAAGAAAAAAUAUCAAGAAAUGUUCACAUUGAGAAAGGCAUUGUAACA